AUGGCUUCCUGGUCUGCUGAAAAUGCCACCAAGGCCUAUCUUUCUGCUUUCAAAAUGGGUGAAAGAAGCAAGGAACCAGACGUGACAGAGUUCAUAUCAGCGGUAGCAGCAGGAAACAACGCACAAACAAUGGUGGUGACUUCUGCGUCAGUCCCAGACUCUGCAAUCCUACUAGCCAUGGUGGCGGCGGCUCACCAAACUGAAGGCCGAGUCAUCUGCAUCGUGGGCAGGGCCGACCACCUUAAUCCCACAAAAGCUUCUCUGGGCAACAUCCUCGUCGCAGGUCAAGUGGAGUUCCUCAUCGGAGAACCUCAGCAUCUGCUAACAUCAUCAGAGCCAUGUAAGAACGCAGACUUCGUACUCGUCGACUGUGAGAUUGAGAACCACCAAGAGAUCUUCAACGCCGUGUGUAUGGGGAAGAAGAAGAAGGGAAGUGGGACGGUGGUUGUGGGGUACAAUGCGAUGAAGUACUGCAAGGGGACGACUUGCUGGGGAAAUUGUGGGACAAGAACUCAGUUAUUGCCGAUAGGAAAAGGGCUGCUUGUGACGAGGUUUGGGGAUUUUGGAGGGAAUAAUGAUAAUAAUGUUAUUGGGAGUAGCAAAUAUUGUGCAAGUGGAUUGCGAAAAUUUAGGAGUCGUUGGGUUGUGAAGGUUGAUAAAUGUACUGGCGAAGAACAUGUUUUUAGAGUCAGAUUGCCACAUGAUAAGGUUGUUCCCGCAUGA